CGCACCUGCCUCGCGCCGUCGGCCGCGCGCCGCGCCGUGAGGGCGGCCGGUCCCGCUGCCGCCUUGAAAGGAGCGCGGCGAGCCCUCUGUUCCUCCUCCUCCUCCUUCCUCCGACCCGCCGGGGGAAAAGCCCAGACAGGGGUUAAAAUGAAUGAAGAUCUGAAGGUUAAUUUGAGCUGGCUGCCUCAGGAUCAUGUAGAAGCCAGCUCUACCGAGAAUGCCUCAGCCACAGGCUCCUCCCUGGUUCCUGUCGUAGACCCAGAGCCACAGCUUUUGGUAAACCCCUGGGACAUUGUCUUGUGUACUUCAGGGACCCUUAUCUCCUGCGAAAAUGCCGUUGUGGUUCUUAUAAUUUUCCAUAAUCCCAGUCUUCGUGCCCCCAUGUUCCUCCUGAUAGGCAGCCUGGCACUGGCAGAUCUAUUAGCGGGCAUUGGAUUGAUCAUCAAUUUUGUUUUUGCAUACCUUCUGCAAUCAGAAGCUACGAAACUGGUUACGAUUGGACUGAUUGUUGCCUCUUUCUCAGCAUCUGUCGGCAGCUUGCUGGCUAUUACUGUUGAUCGUUACCUCUCCCUGUAUUACGCUUUGACUUAUAAUUCAGAGAGGACUGUCACUUUUACCUAUGUCAUGCUUAUAUUGCUCUGGGGAGCAUCUAUCUGUAUUGGACUGCUACCUGUAAUGGGCUGGAACUGCCUCAGAGAUGAAUCCACCUGCAGUGUUAUCAGACCACUCACUAAAAAUAAUGCAGCUGUCCUUUCAGUCUCUUUCUUGCUUAUGUUCGCCCUCAUGCUGCAGCUCUACAUUCAAAUCUGUAAAAUCGUGAUGCGCCAUGCCCAUCAGAUUGCCUUGCAACACCAUUUCCUGGCCACUUCCCACUAUGUGACUACCCGAAAAGGAGUGUCUACUUUGGCCAUUAUUUUGGGGACUUUCGCUGCUUGCUGGAUGCCUUUUACGCUCUAUUCAUUAAUAGCAGAUUACACCUAUCCUUCUAUAUACACCUAUGCCACCCUCCUGCCAGCUACCUACAAUUCCAUCAUCAAUCCUGUAAUAUAUGCUUUUAGAAACCAGGAGAUACAGAAAGCACUUUGGCUCAUAUGUUGUGGCUGUAUUCCUUCUAACCUGUCUCAGAGAGCAAGAUCACCCAGUGAUGUUUGAUUGGCAGCUAGGAGGACAUUCCUUAACAUGUUACUUUCCAGACAUUCUUGCAACACUGUCUUUGGUUUAGAUGCAUUCAUUAAAUGGUGUGUGAUGGCUUCAUAUAAAAACCACAGGAUGCACUGACCUUGUUGUAAACGGAAAACCCCAGUGACCAAAAUGAAUCGUGUGGUUUAAGGGAGAUUUCCAGAAUCAAACUAAUCGCUGUUACAGAUUAAUAAUGUUGCUCAGGGUCUUUUUGUUAUAUUACCCAGACUUUGCCAUGAUUUUACAUCAACUUUGCUCAUUAAAAUUAGAUUGAAACACCACAGCCCCUUUGAAAUUGUUUGUGUGAUUGAGUUCAGUCAUGCUGCAUGUUAUAGUCUGUUGUCAGGAUGGAUAUUUUUUCCCCUCUGUAAUUAUUUUUUUAAAACAGGAAAAAAAAAAAACACCUCAUGUCCUGUUAGCCCAUUUGUAUAUCAUCAGAAUAUUCUUCAAAAUAAUGGGCAAUUGUACUGAUCUUUAUGGUAUUUAUUGUCAUAAUCCCAGUGCAACAAAUUUGCUCUAAGAGAGGAAGUACUUUCCUAGCUUUUUAUUUUACAUCUCAGAAUGAAUUAGCUUGUUUUAAAGGGUUACCUGUUCUCUCCUGAGUUCUGGCAUAAUGUUAAAACAGAAAAUACACUUUGCUUUGCUUUUCAAAGGUCAGCCAUAUGUUUUCACUUAGAUAUGGAACACCAGAGCUUAUUAUACUAUUAAUUUUUAAAAAAUCAGUGGGUAGUUUUGGAGUCGACGAAACAAUAUGGCUUCUUUUGGCUAUGCAUUUAUAAUAGAUGCAACACUAUGUUUCUCAGACAAGUUUAUCUUUUCAUAAGUGUAUAAGAAAAUACCAAAUAAAUUAACGUACAAAUUAUUUGCAACACAUAUUUAGUGUUUACAUGAAAUGGCUCCCUUAAGUUCGUUAUCAAAUCAAAAGUAUUACCACUUGUUUCUAUUGUUCUGCCAUAUAAUUUAAAAUACUGAAGUUCAUAAAUUCUCAGAACAUAUCUGGUUCAUAAUUGUAUGCAACCAGAACUGCAACAUGAAACAAUAUUUUCUCCUUUUUUAGCAGUUUUAUCCUUUAGAGAUUGUGAUUCUCCACACUGUACACCUGUCAGUUCACUUCAUUAUAGAAUGACAGUUCUGGUCUAAAAAGCAGAGCUUCCUCUCAUGAAUGGUUACAUUCCAAACUGCUUCUAACCUAUUACUGAAGACACAUUAGAAUGCACUAGAAAUAAAACAUUAUCUUUUAAUUUGAAGACUUGACUGUCAGAGUUAAAAUCCUCCUGGCAGAUGUCUUUGGUGAAACUUAAGGUGUACCUCAAUGUCUGUGCAUGGGAGUUUAUAGUACCGCUUCUAUAAAUGCUGAUGGGAGCUCAAUGUGUUAGUGCCCUGUCACCAGUAGGAGGUUAUAUUCCUUUAAACAUCAAAGUUAGCAUACUGUAUUGUUGCUUCAGUAUCUUCCAUUACAGUUCAAAAAACCCAACAAACUCAAGUGUAAAAAUAGCAAUAUUUACAGUUCAAUGAAAAAAAUAUAUCUGUAUAGUAUAGAUAGUAGAGACAACUGUGUUGCUGGUCUGGAUUUUUCCAAAUGGAAUCUGUCCUUUUCACAUGGAUGUUUGGGUGACUGUAGCUUUUUGUGGCAAAGUUUCUGUGACGUUCAGAAUCAUACGCUAUACACAAAGCUGAAUCUCAAAUGUGAAUGAGUUGUCUGUAAACAAGGAUCUGUAGAGAUCUCUUUUAUUUUUUAAUAAGCAGUAAUUAAUUUUAGCUGCGAUGCUGGUUUCAAAUUCUAUGAUUUACUUGAUUUGGCCUUCACAAUAUUAGGCUCUUUGUGAUCUGGUUAAAUAAUUGCAUGGCAUAGUCCAGCAGACCUGUGAACUUGCAGCUCCCUUGACUUCACUGUGGUUUACUGGUGCUGAGCACAGUUACACUAUGGCCCCAGCUCCGUGUAGGAUAUUGGUGUUAUUUAUCUACUUCUGAAUGCUGAUGAAACUCUAGUCAUUGCAUUUUGUUAAGAAUUUUUGUAUAAGAAAUAAUCACUUCAUAAAUAUCUAUGCUAUGUAUGCAUGCAGUUUUGCAAGUAUGCAAAGUAUUGGGAAUAAAAGGCAGUAAAAAUCAUGAGCUGUAUAAUGAAGAAAGACUGACUAAUGUAGAAUGGCAUCUUUUUAAAACAACAAAUGAGAUAGUUAAAGUCAGGCAAAGUUUGCCCCCUCACACUUUUUUUUUCCUCCAAUUGUUCUUCUGUAUCAAAUAGCUGCUCAUCCUUAUCAUACUUUUUUAGCUACAACUGUGACCAGAAUUCAGUCCUGGGGCAACUGUUGUUUUGCUUAUGCAGACCUGUUCUCAUCCUCUUGGAUAAUGUCACAGGCACUAGUGCUUUUCUCUCCACAACACCUGGGUGGUAGGGAAGCCAGAAAAAGCACAGAGGGAGAUAAUGUCGUCUGCACUUCUCGUUCUGGUUCACCUAACGUCCUUGUCAUCUUCCUUGCUCCACAGGCUGCUCAAAUCCACAGAGGCUCUGCAGUGUGCCGACCUUUUCCUUGUGCCAGAGCAGAGAAAUUUGUAACUGGAAGCUCCUCUCUCAAGGAGCAGUGCGAGUCAAAUGGAGCAAAGAAGGAUUAAUUAUAGAAGUUCCACAAAGCUAGCUUGCAGGGAUGUGAUUUGCCCUGGUUUGAGUAGUACAUGAUUACCUUUCACCAAAAACAGAUGAGAAAUGUGAUUAUGCCUCCAACCUACUGUUGUGACCUCCAGUGAGGAUGUUGGCUCUUCCAGAAAUAUAUUCUUAAAUUGAGACUGUGCAGCCUAGGCCAGAAAAUCCUUCUGGAAGUUGUUGACAUAGGUUUGCUCACAGCUGUCAGGCCAAACCUUAGCAUGGUUUCCAGUACUAGAUAGAUGCUGUAUAACACACCUGUGAAUGAACUCUUGGAGGAUUGGCAGAGCUGUGGCACCAAAGCUGCCUACCUCACUUGCCCAAAAGAAAUGCUUGACAGACAGCCGCUUUUCAGGCUCUGCAGAAUUAAGCAAUUCUCUGCUAUGACCUCAAAGUUACAGUGUAGGCUCCAGUCUGUGUGGUGAGGUGCCAGUAUCCAUCCACGAUCCCUCUGACACUGGCAAAAAUACAGCCAGCUUGUAGGGUUCUGUCAUUGUGGCAUCCCAUUAAACAACACCUACGUGUAAGACCAGUAGUGUUAGAGUCACCAUUCUAUGUACAGUGAAGUAUCUUUCAUAUCUCCAUUAUAAUGUCUAAAGUAUUUUUUCUUAAUCUGUAAUUUAAUUUAAAGAAUUAAAAUUCAUUUUAUUUAAUAACAUGCUUGACCCAAAGUUAUUAACAUGUUGCAUCUUAAUGUGCAAAAUUUAAUGUACUCGUUUUUUUCAUAUAUUCAUCCCUAAUGCUUGAGAGAGGAUUUUUUUUUUAAUAGUUUGGGGUUUUUUUUAACCGUUUCUCCUAACAGUAAGAUUUCAGCAAUAUGGGGAAAUGCGUUUUUACCACAAGAGCAAUAAAAUCCUCCAUGUUGUGGGUACUAUAAACUACUGAGUAAGCUCAGAGCAAUAGAGAGGAAGCAAUAUAUUCUUUAGACAAAAAAUAAUAACUUGCGUAAGGACUUUUAAAUAAGCAGAAGUCUUCCUUUGUUAACCAGUUUCUACCAGACUGGUGUGGGACAUUAUUUCUGCUUGAUUUGUCACAGUUAUUGAGUUCCUGAAUAGAAUUGUUCAGCAAUAACCUUUUACCUUAGUUCUUGGAUCCUGAAUUCAUAGUAUUUGCAAGAGAGAAUUCUGUACUACAGUGGGUAUUUUUAUUCUUGUUUGGCAUUUAGUUGUACAGCAUUCCAUGGAGAAAUUAAUUUCUUUCAGGAUUUCCAAUUUUAACUUGAUACUAAGAAUACUCUUCACCAAACACAAACUGAGAAUAACUGAAUUUGUCAUGCCCAUCAAGAUGGAUAUCAUAAAUGGUGCUAGCCCAUCCAGAAGACACUUAGGCUUUUAAAAGAACAUGGUUAUGGUAUCAUGGCAGAAAACCCCUACCAAUACCCAGGGUAUCGCUGCUGUGUCUUCCUAACAGGGCACGCAGUGACAUAAGCAGCUGCACCUAGCCUUCAUGUUUGAGGGCCAGCCUUGAGGCAUCUCGCAGUCACUAAAACCCCUCCAUGAGAGAGUUUGGCUUAGGGCAGGAGCUGUGGAUUCAUUUCUCAAAAGUGAUGAGCAACUUACCAGUGUGACUGGAAGUUGGAAUAAAAUAGCAUUUCUACAAACCAGGCUCCUGAAACACAACUACACACAAAAAUGGCUUCUCUAACAUUCAGAACCAUAUUUUCAAAAUGUUGACCCUGACUUUUAUGGAGAAAAAGUAUGUAUGGUCUGGUUUUGUAUGUACAGCAAAGAAAGAAAGGUAGAUAAGAAUUAGAGAGUCACUAUGUAAAAAAAAAAACAAAAACAAACCACCAGCUGUUCUGUCACUUUAUCUGAGAUACUGAAUGGUUCUUAGUCCUUGAAACAGAAACCAACUCUGGCAACUUUCUAGAAAAUCCUCAAUGCCAAUAAGUCAGUGUAAGAGCUUUGUAGAAGAAGUAGGAGGACUAGCAUGGUUGCCAGCACAAAAUAAUUUGAUGUAGCAGCUGUGUUAUGAGAAUAAAAACAAUAUACCUGCACACCAGCUGUAGACAGAUCAAGUCCUGAGUGUAUAAGAAUAGCACCAGAAAAAGGUGAACAGCAUUACUUUAAAUCAUGCUGCUUCAAGAAGACAAUAUCAGUUCAACUCUCACUGGAUAUGGAUCCUACAUUGUAAGAAAUAAAGGAUAUUUUAAAGUGCUACUGACCAACUAUUCAGGGAAAGAUAUCAUGGAGUUGUAUUCUUUUGAAGGGGAUCAAGAACCCAGCGAGAUCUAUGAAGGAAGUAAUUAAGUAUGGUGUUAAAUAUCUACAUGUAGACUCAUCACAUCUCUGUGAGAGAAGGUCUGAGAAUCACUUUAAGGUGUUACUUGGCUACCUUUUCGAGAAUCUAAUUCUAGAACAAGAGGCUGCUCCUGUACAUGCAUUAAAUGCAAUGAAGAAUAUGUCCUCUUUUAUGUAUUUAUCAAAAGGAACAAAUAGCUCUUUGGAGUCAGAAUUGUUUGCCAACUAGACAUCAUUUUAACUAAUACCACAGGAAGCCACUUUACAAAAACUGUUUGAUAACUUCAGUUUUAAACUUAGAAAAACAAAAUUUUCAGAUGCUUACUGUAUUGCACACUUGGCAUGUUGCAUGAUAGCAAGAGAUUGGUAUUAGGGCUACUCAAAUUUGGUGCUUCAUCAACAAAAGGCCAGUGCAGAUAACAGUGCAUCACUGUACUUGGGAAACACAAUUUUAUAUAAUAUUCUGAUUUCCUGAUUAUUUUUUUUUUCGAUUUUUUGAAUGCCAUUAUAUAAUGUGGUAGUUUACCCUCCCUUACAGUGCCACAUUUAAUUUAGCUUAGUGGUAGUCUAGAGAUGUGCAAUGGAGAAAAUUAAAGAUCUCUCAUUCUCUGUUUAUAGAGAGGAGUCUAAAAGGAAAGAGUGUGCUUUAUAUGUCACAAAUAAGCAAUAGAACAGGAAAGAUAAAUUAGGUAUCCUUAUCUCCCCUGUCAGUAAAAGAAUGAUGGGACUUGCAGUAAAUUUGAAAGGUAGCAUAUCUGGAAAUACUUUUUUGGUACAAAAGGAGAUGACCCCAUGAAACCAGGUGCUAAUGGCUUCUUCAAGCCAAGAAUUUGCAGUUCAUAGAAUCAUAGAAGGCUUGGGUUGGAAGGAACCUUUAAAGGUCAUCUAGUCCAACCCCCCUGCAAUGAAUUCCUUUUAAUGGAUCAGAAAUCUGGAUGAACUGCGAGGAUAUUUGCUUUCAUAUUAGGUUAAUGAUGAAAGAUGAGAGGAUGGAAGUCUUUAUGGCUUGGUGAAUCAACCAGGUAGUCAGUGCUUGAGCUUGGAUAGGAAGAAUGCUUGAAGAAAUGCAUCCCUGGUGAGCAGAUUGUUUUGAACUUUACCCAAUGUACAUGGAGUACCUGAGAAGGGCUCUGGGGCUGUGGUUGUUCCAAGGUGUAGCGAAGCAGCCCCUGUCCUUGCAGCUGGCAGUAUCGCUGUUCCUCUUGAAUGGUGCCCAGAGAACAGGAAGGAGGAAAUGUGAACAUCCUCCCUUGAAAAUGUGACCUCAUAUGUUUUAUUCAGGUUAUUACUUGUCUUGCUAGCAGAGUCUUACAUGGCUCUGCUUGAAAUCAGAAGAGGUUUUUUGUGGAAAAAUAUUGAAAAUAUGAAAGUAGAACCAACAGCAGAUUACAAUAAGUCAUUAUGUAUUUCUGUUUCUUCUAAGCAGCAGCAAAGUCUGUAACUUUGUAGUAACCAUUUCCUUGAAAACAAUAUGCCCUUGCACUAAAAAACUAAAAAGUGAAUAUAGGUUAAAUUAAACCAUAUCUCAGUUAACUAGUGUAUCACUGCUGUGAUGCAAACUAAUUCAUGAACCUGUUGGAGUGAGUACAGAGGAGGGCCAUGAGGAUGAUUAGAGGGCUGGAGUAGGUCUCCUAUGAGGACAGGCUAAAGAGAGUUGGGGUGGUUCAGCCUGGAGAAGACAAGGGAGACCUUAUAGCAGCAUUGCAGGCUAUUUACGGGAAAGCUGGAGAGGGACUUUUACAAGGGUAUGCAGUGACAGGACAAGGGAUAAUGGCUUCAGACUAAAAGAGGGUAGAUUUGGGUUAGAUACAAGGAAGAAAUUCUCCCCCAUGAGGGUGGUGAGGCACUGGAACAGGCUGCUUGGAGGAGUUAUGGAUGCUCCAGCCCUGGAAGUGUUCAAGGCCAGGCCGGAUGGGGCUUUGAGCAACCUGGUCUAGUGGAAGGAAAGGUGUCCCUGUCCAUGACAGGGGGGUUGGAACAGGGGUUAAGGUCCCUUCCAACCCACAUCAUUCUAUGAUUAAUUCAAUGUCAUUGAAAGGAUAAAGGGACGUUUUCCAGUGGAGGUUUUUUGCAAAUGGGUUGAGAGAAUAAAACUCAUUUUAAAGCAAGGUCAGUCAAACUUGAAUCACAAACCCCUUGAAUUGCCUUUUGAGGAAAUAGUUCUCUCCUCCCCAAAAAAUUUGUUUUGCACUCAACAUACACCAAGGUAAUUUUACAAACUCUUGCUGACAUGCUAAAUAUUUAACCAAACAAAAUAGUAUUAUGGGUUUCCCCCUACCAGGUGGAGGGAAGACUUUUUAUGUCUCAGAACUAGUGAACUGAUUUAUUUAGCUGGCAUCUCUAAGUAAACCAGACAUUUCUAAAAAGCGUGGAGUACUUACAGACAUUCACUCCACAUUUAGGGGCUUCAUUAAAUUACUGAAUUACUGUUUCAGCUGAUGACCAUAGAAUUACCUGGAGGAGGAGGGGUGGGUGGUCGGUCAUGUCCUUUUUUGGUUGUGUUGUUGGUUUUGGUUUUUGUUGUUGUUGUUGUUUGUUUUGUGGGGAUUUUUUGUUGUUUUCUUUUUAACCCCUGUAGUAAGAUCUCUGAUACAGUCCUUUCUAUUUAAAGACAAAUGCUGGUUUAUGGUUGGACACAAAGGUCUUUUCCAACCUAAAUGAUUCUAUGAUUCUAAGAGCCUGCCUCUCAUAAGUACAGUGCUGCAUUCUUAGGAAAAAAGCUUAUUUACAGAGGUUUUAAUACUUUGUUAAAACCCUUUCAGAUGCAUCAGCAGCACUUUUUCAUUGAACAACUUUGGUGGGCAUUUGCCCAAACUGGAAAUUUGGUUUUUAAAAAUAGAUUUGGUUUUUAAAAAUGUAUAAAUUAAUUCUUAAAAGGAAACACCCAUCUCCAGAUUUAACUUAAGGAACUUAAGUACUAGCUAUAUUACAUGCAGACUGGAAACAGUUUCUUAGAGUAGUUUGGUAUGCUGUUAACUUAAUUAAAUAUUAUGAGCUAUCGUACUUAAACACUAAAAUAGCCUAAUUACAUACUUAAAUAUAUAUACAUAAUUAUUAUAAUAUUUAUUUUACUUUUUAUAUGUAUGAUAUGCUAGAUAUUGUGCUCUAUACCUUCAGUGUUGUAAUGGUCCAGGUGUAACCUGUUCACUGGGGCAGUUUCAUAUGAUUAAAGAAAAACAUUGCCAAACUUGUAUGAAUGUUGCAAACUGAAAGAUUCAGUGGUAAGUGAUCAAUAUUUCAACAGAGACAAUCCAGAAAUUUUGGAAGGGAGGUGAAUUCUCAUGUCUUUAAUUUGGACAAAUCCUGCUGCUGGCUUUGGGAUUACAGGAAUGGGACACAUGCAGGACAGAAUACAAAGAGGAUAUUUAUCACCAACUUGAGCCUACGUAGCAGUUUUAUGUUCCUGUGCAUACUGUUCCCUGUUGUCUCUCUGUCUCUUGUAGGUGCUUUGGUAACAGGACUGCACAGAUCAAAGAGCAGUCCACACAGUCGUCUGGCACUGCACUUUUUGCACUGGCUGAUGCUAACCCAGGCAAUAUUACAGUAUCUAAAACAUUGUAUACAUUUAUUUUUAAAGGGAACAUGAAAUAUGCAUAUGCUUCUGGGGCAUCCUAGGAAAAGGGACUGGGACCUAUAAGAUUUGGGGCCAAGGCAUGGAGCUCUUAAUGCAUUGCUUACUUGUGUGACUCAUAGAAUUUUCCUCUUACUUCAGUGUUUGCUAAGAUGUAACUCACCAAAAUCACCAGGAAUUCAGCUUCCACUGGUUUCAGGGAAGAAGUAUUUUGUGGUAUGCAAAUGAAAGCAGCAUGAUUUGGCCCUUUGAAAACUGAGAUACCCACAUACACAUACACAUAGGUGGUGGGUCUGGCAGUGUUGUGUUCGCGGUUGGACUGGAUGAUCUUAAAGGUCUUUUUCAACCUAAAUGAUUCUAUGAUUCUGUCCUGAAAGGGACCUCCUGUUGAAUCCUCGUGGAGCUCAGGGAGCUGUGCCCCAUCCAUGGGUUUUUGUUCUGCUGCUCUUUGCUUGCCCUCUGACAACGUGCUCCCUCAAUACAGGAGCAACACGCCAUCCACCUUGUAGUGCCUCUGCCCCAGAGGGCUCAUGAGGAAAGAGCAGGGAGGUGAGGCUUUUCUGCAGUGUUGAUUGCAGGGUCAAAGCAUGCUGGGUUCAGAAGGGAGCUCUGCUUCCAGCAGAGAGCUUUCUGAAGAUAUGGUAGAAAAUAGGGAGCCUUCACAUUCCAACCAAAUUUCAGCUCCUUUCUUUUGUAUUUCCCUUUAACUGUAAGUAGAGGCAUCCAUUAGUCUGGCAGGAGGGGAACAUGGCAUAACUGGGAGUUAGCAUGCUCCAGCAUGCAACUUUUUACACGGCAGCUCUUCCAGAGCAGAGCAGCAGAAUGCACAGUACUCUGCUUCUGAACUCAGGCUGGUCCCACAGCUUAAAAUGUAUAAGGGCAAAAUGAAGUUUUCCAGAAUGUGGAAACAGCAUCUGUGAUUUGUGCCAGAAUGGGUAUUGCAGCUGGAGAGGCAGGUAAAUUGCCUAGAUUACAUAUACAGCAAAAUAUUCAGGCAAUUUCUAAGGUUACUUGCCUGUGCCCAGAUUUUCUGUUGGGCCUCAGCCAGAGCCCAAGGAAAUGGACAUUCUUAUUUUUAUCAUUAUUUCUAGAAAGAGCCACAUUAGACCUCUAUCCAUUUUAUAUGUCUACACCUUUUUACUCUUUGGGGCCAAAAUCUAGGUCGUGUUGUGUUUUGUUUGGUCUCAGCUUUACUGUCACAGCCAAGCCUACAAAAGUUGAUUGUAAAUGUGUUUACAAAUAAAAAGAAAUUUAAUAGGAUAAAAUGUUAUAACUGUGCCUCUGAAAUAAAGCGGUAAAACUCUGUGUUUAACUUCAGUCCCAGGCCAUGAAAUUUGGAAUACUCUGGACUAGUAGAACCACUUGUAGUUUUCUAGACUUGCUAACCAAGCCCCUACUUUCUUUUUAUUGCCAAAUGCAACUAAAAAUAACCUGUGGUUUAUCACGCUCAUCUCCUGAAAUUCUCAGAGAGAACUUUUCCUAGGAACCAUAGUACAAUUCAUGUAAACUCCUGAUACUACUGGCUGCAGUGUGGUUCCGUGCUAAAUUCUAAAAGCUUUAGCAAAAGCAGCUGCAUGGGGGUAGUUCUCACACUACACAUCUCAUUAGGAGCCAAAUGACUGUAAACCAGUAAUUUAAAUUCUGCAUGUUGUGCUUUUCAUAUGAGAACCAAUUUCUGGUUUAGUACAUAAAGGCCUGUGGUUAUUUCUUAUACUAACUUAGGGUUGUUUUUUUCAUUUAACCGUGGUUGAAGUUUGAACCAUAGCUUGCCAGUAUAUGAAGUCAUUUUAAAAGGAAGUGAAACAUCUUUGCCUCAGUUUCCCUUAAGAUUAAAGCUUUGGAUUGCAACUACAGAGCUUCUUGUUGUAUACAAGAUAGUAAUUUAAUGCACUUUAUUUGAAAAAGGCACAAAUUAUUUUGUUUAUAAAAUGUUACAAUUGCACUAUGCUGUAAGAAUCAGUUACUAACUAUAAACUGUACAGUUUUGUAGUCAACAUUGUGUUUAGUCAUAAAUGAUUGAAACAAUUACAUGUUUCAGUUAAAUGUUAAUUUUAUAUGUGGUAUAUGUAAGUACAAAUAAAUUUUCGUUUCUAAAAAAAAAAAAGAUUGUCCAUUUCAUUUAAUUGAAUUUCACAUUCCAUUUCAAAUAGCAAAACACUAUUAUUUCUAAAAAUAUAAAAUAAAAUAUGAUCCAGUGCAAAGAGAUGGCAGAUGACACUAACUAAACUUGGACGUUAAAUUCAGAUGAGCAAACUUCAGCUGAACUUCAGUAGAUCCUCUGUAUCCAUGAGUGCUGCAAAAGGAAAUAUCAGGCACUACAGUUUUGUACAGACAGUCUGAAAGAAUUGCUAACAGGAAUUCCUGAAUGCAGAGUUGUAAAUGAAAGCCAGAGUGCCCUUCCAGGUCUACCUUUCUUAUCCAAGUUAACUUACCUCUUAUGCACUUCUGACAUACCGCUGUUUAUUAUCAUUGUAUACACUUAGUUUUGGGGAACAAAAUUCAGUAUGGAUGUACAAGAGAGUCUGCGCUGAGUCUUGCUAAAUGGAUGUAAAUACUUAAUAGCUGAGUUAGUUGUCAUUAAUGGGGAGAGCUACAACUUGAAAGAAACUAUGUUAACUUAGUUAUUUGGUUUUUGGUUGUUGUGGGUGGGUUUUUUGUUUUAUUUUUGUUUUUUUUUCCAGAGUUUUGCCCUGAUCCUCCACUUAAGUAACUGUAAAGUCAGAUGCAUGAUCACAGUUCUGUUUCUCCAAUUUGACUGUUACAAACAGGCUAAAAGAAAAUAGUGGACUGUCUCAUUUUCCAUUUUUUUUAAAAAAUGUGUAUUUUAAUUCUUCUGUAUGGUUUUCUUGAAUACCCAGCUUAUUUUCCAGGCAUAUAAAUUGAUGGAACGAGCUACAUCUCUAACUGUAAAACCGACUAUUGUGUACCAUAGCUGGUGAACAUGUAACUUCUGAAGUAAAUUGGCCAGUGACUGACAGAUAUCCAGGUAAGUAAUGGAGAGUGAGGCUGCUUCCUUCCUGUUACGCAGAACUGCAGUCCUGCAGCUCAGGUGUAUCCCGGAGGAGAUCUCAGUAAUGUUUACUUGAACUGGACACACCUGUCCUCUCGCCUCUCACACCAGACAUUCAGGCACCAGCUACUUUAUCUAGAGAAAGAGAAAUUGGUGUCAUCGUGCAGGCAUAGACUCCCAGUUUGUGUCUCUGCAGUUAAACUACAGCCAAAAGGACUACAGCAGAAUGGUGAUCAGGGUGUAUUUGUUAAAUGUUUUUUGCUUAACUAAACAUGAACUGCAGUUACACAAUAUAGAUCCUUUAGAUCUAUCAGCCAUCCAGUCUACUAAACUAGAUAAUUAAUAAAAAAUAAAGGGGGAAAAAAAGAAAAUGGGAGAGGGAGGGGAAAUAAGUGUUUCACCUAACAGAGAAGCCAGUAUUGAAGUCAUGUGGCCAGGGCUGUUCGGGGAUCUUUUUGAGCUUAAUCACUGGAACCUAAAGUAGGACAAUAAACUGAACCUGUUCUGACGCUACAGUGGAUGUUUAACCUGCAUCUGUAGUCAGGAGAACCAGGAACGAGCAGGGAGCAGUGGGGGCAGAUGACUUGAGCUUUUUGGCAUUGCUGUGUUGGUGCCCCUUCCACACCUAACAGCGUCGGUGUAACAGCAUCCUGGAAGUCACUGAUGGAAAUAUGAUUAGGAGGGCAAAAUGGCUGACUAAAUCAAUAGAAUAGUAAAAACUGCCAAAACUUAAUGGUACUCAGCCAGAACUGUAAAGGAAUUCCUACUAAUAUUGUGGAGGAUUAAUUGCAUUACAGGACUGGUAGGUAUCUUGGUUGUGGUUUUGUUCAGUGCAGAUAGCAUCCUUCUGCUCACAAAGCAAAACAGCACUGUUACUAAAGGAGUGUUUUGGAUUAACUGGGAACUUCAGGCACUGGCAAUGCUUAGACCACCCAGUAACAACUGCUUUGUGCCUUCUGCCAAACAUACAGUGCUUUAUGUGCUAUGUUUGGGUUUCAGAUACUUUUGUCAACUAUGUCUGGAACUAAGCAGAAGGAAAGAGCAGAAUUUUUAAUAAUGGAUAUGCAACAGAAAACUUCUGUGGGCAUUAAUAAAUGGUCAGUGUAUUUACAAGGGUAAAAUAAUUUAAAACUGUCAGGACAUCAAAUAAUUUCCGUGCUGCAGUAAGCAAAGUGAAGUUUUUUUAUAAAAGUGGAAAUCUAAAGACUGUUGUCCAGUGUCAUCCUUUGGCUCAGUUGCAGCAUUCCAGGUGCACAUGCCUGUUUUUACAUUCUCUGAAGCGUCUGUGGGUCAUGUCAGAGAUGAGCUGCUGGGUUAGGUGGCCAUUUGGACAAAGUGCACCUUAUUUUACCUUCUUAGUAAAUUCUUAUGGAUCAUCUUAUUUAUAGUAGGAUAUCAAAGAUUGUCUACAACUUCACCACUGUCCUGUAGCAUGAAUCUUUGACGUCUACACAAAGUGCAAGGCCCAUGCAGUUAAUGGAUAUUUUACACUCAUCACUGAAAACUGUGUAGGAAAUACAUCAAUCUGGAAUAUAUGACAAAGACAAUUCCAUUUGCAGGUACUCAGGCUUUUAAAAAAUUCCAAAUUAUAUAUAUCUUUUAAAGUUAUUUUAAAUGAUCUAGGAUCAUAUGGAUUUAAAUAUUUUUUUUUUUUUUUUUAGAAUUGCUUUUAAAGGUAGCAACUCAAACCUUAUUAUUUCUCUUUUUUUAUUUUUAAAAAUUAUUGUAUUUUAUUGAAAUGGCAUCCUUAUAACAGAAAUGCUCUCUGGGGUUGUUACUCUUUGCAUUCCACUGACUUGAGUGCGAGCUGAGUAAACCCAGCACUGUACAGCAUGUAACAACCAACACUUGGUUACUACAUGCAAAUCAGCUCUCACUUGAGCAUCUUCUGCUUGUGGAUUUUAUUCAGUUUUUUUUCUUCUUUUGUAUCUGCCAAAGUGCUUCAUCCCCUAAUUUUAAAGAUGUUGGCCUUUCAAUGCAGGGCAUUCUUUUUCUGAUAACAAAAGGUAUUUUAAUGUACCAGGACACUGUCUUCCCAUCAGUGGCCUAGAAGAGCUAGUUUCACCUGCAUUUUUUAUCAUGAUAUAUGGAGUUUAAAUGAUGCUUGACAGUGAGCCUAUAUAAAUUCGGUUUUAAGAUGCAUUGAGUUUGCCAUUAUCAUCAUUUUGAGCUGUCAGGCUCAAAAGCAUCCUCUCACAAUUUCCAGGACAAGGAUCAUCCCACUCCAAAUCAUUCAGCUCACAUGGGGAAUGCAGAGGAUGUGGCAAGCUGGGAUGGGAGAGAGCCCUUGCAACCCCAGUCUUGGGCAUGAGAGGAUUUCAAAAUUUCAAGCUAACCUAAGGAUUCCCUUCACUCCCUGGAUAUUCUUACUCUUUCACCUUCGCAACAGAGGGUGACAGAGAGGGGGCUGGUAUGAAUUCAGAAAGUCUUCAGGUUCCCCCCUUCUCUCUUAAAUGCCUGCCAUCCAUCCAUCCAUCCAUCAACUGCAGCCUCCAGUGCCUGUUCAGUUUCCUCCAAGAGCUGGGCUUUCUUGGUGGUGCUGCUGACAGUGCCCUGUAAAGACAUCCAUGGAAACCACCACUAGCCAAACAGUGCAUCUCCAAGGGUAUCAGACAGAGGGAAGCUUUUGCUAUUUGCUAGUUCAACCCAAUAAAAGUAUUUCCUUCCUGACAUCCAAGCAAGCAGUGGGACAGACCCAUGCUCUUGAGAGGGGAGCAAGGGUAAGCGUUGACUUUGCUCCCACCAAACAAGAGGCAGGGAAGACGGAGGAGGGGCUGGUCACUGCACAGGCUGCAGGCCUCCCUUGGCUCUAUUACUCUGCAGAUACGGUCGAGUUCACUGCCUGUAGCGUACGCUGUGCUGAGCCAGGGCCAUGCAGCAGCAGCUCAUCUCUCCCUUGAUGCUUUGGCUCCUGCAGCCUAGUUUCUUGUUGAAAUGAGCUCCAGGAUUUAUUGUCAGUGCUCAAUUCACAAUCCCUUCGGACUUCUUUUUGUGAGAACUAAUAAAGCGGGUCUGGGGUUUUCUUAUUGCUGUUUUUUUAAUGAGCAGCCUGUUUUCAGUCCCUGGGAUUCUCUGUGUUGUGGUUGGUUUGGGGUGGGGAUUUUUGGUUUUGCUUGUUGUGUUUUGUUGGGUUUUUUUUACCUUCCAGGAGGAAGUAAGGGGAAAGUAUUAUGACUCCUUAAUGCUUGGUCCGUUUCAUUCAUCAUACUACUUCUGAGCAGUGUUUGUUUGCCUUCAGUCCAGGCACAGCUUGUGCACAGCCUUCACAGAAACAGUCAGCCUUGCCAAUAGAUGCGUCUGGUCUUAGAUCUGCAGACUCUGUGUCUGCCUUCACACGGUACUUCAGGCUGGCCCCAUUUCAGCAGCUGCACGUCAGCUUUGGGACUGCUCCCUCAAACUGCCCGCUUCCUCAGGAAAGGCAGCAGCCGUUCUCAGAUGGUGGCAGUGACCUGCCUCUGCACCCUGCGGAGCAUUUGCUGCUAAAACUGGCCAGUUCUGCUAGCAGAAGGGGUGCCCAAGAGAGCAUCCCCAGGGUGCUUGUUGCUGCUGCUGAGGUCACCACAUCCCUGGGGCCUGGGCAGAGCGGGAUGCGAGGGGCAGACAGCAACAGGCACUGGUCAGGGAGGCUGAUUCUCCUUCCCUUAUGAACAGAUGCAGGAAUAGACGUUUAUCUGUCCAGAAUGUGUUUGCUGCUCAGACAUCCGUGGUGCAUCUCCUUGAGGGAAGAGCCACCAGGCUAGAUGGGUGUGUGGUGUAAGCCAGUCUUGUCCUGUGGCCGUGCAGCUGGGCUGUACUGGUAUGAAUAUGUACGUAGCAGACCCACAGCCGCUUUUCGGUUUGCAGCUCGUAUCAGUUCAGUGUUUUCUUCGCAUUUACGUUUAAUUUGUCUUACCAGGGACUGUUGUAUUUUUCUUCAGAGAUGAGAUAAAGCAUUCAUCAGAGCCCAGUAGGUACCCCUAUUCUCUUUAGCUUUCUUGCUUCUAUUAUACUUGAUUCUAUUAGAGGCUGAUUUAAUGAGCACUCAUUACAUACAUGCAUCUCUCUCUCUCCAGAGAUCUAAGCAGUGGAAUCUCCUACAAAAUGAUGCAGUGCUUUGUUUUAGUUUGGUUAAAAACAGAACAAAGUGCUGCUCUGUGUCCCUCUCAAUCAUCUCACCUUCAGCAGUCAUUUGCAAAAAGACUGUUGCUUUUUCCUCUGCUUAGAAGUUAUUUUUACACCAUUUAAAUACAGCUUAAUCGUAUGAUAAAAGACUUUCCCAAGCACAGGUCUUUCCCAUGUGUCAAAAUAUCAGUGGAUUCCCUAUUUAACAUCAGACGCAACUGCGCUGCAGUCGUAGGUGAAGUUUCCCCUGUGAACAGCCUGCGUAAUAUAUCACUGUAGAGAGCAUUUCCCUUUGGAAAACCGUUCUGAGACAGAAGUCAGCAGGGCUCUGACCCCCACAGUGGAAAUCAACAGAAAAAUCCUCAACAGCAGCUAAGUGCCUGUAAAGAUGUUGGUAUACAUGGAAAGGUAGUGCCGUGUCUAGAAUAACUCAGGCCGUUUAUGAUAAACUAGCAGUAUUGUUUUCAAAGAUACAGAAGCCGUGGCAAACAACACAUGUAAAGUGCUUCACGGCAGAUGGCAAUGUGAGCAGAAAGAGGUCACAUCAAACAUGCAGCAAACACAAGUAUCUGCUGUUCUUCCUUCUUGCUUCCUUAAGUGCUCACUAUGAGAACGUGGCAAAUGAGACUAGUGCUCCCUGCCACUGUGCAGGGAGCACUAAAAGAAAUUAUCUACUUAAAAGUUCUGAACAAUUUCCACUCCUGAAAAAAGCCGGAGUCCAUCACAUUACCUGUGUGGCUCUCUGUCAGUAGCUCACAGUGUCUGGAAGAGCACACCCCCACAUAUCCACAUUAAAGUUUAACAUAAAACUACCACAUUGUCAAGCUUACAGUGUAAAACAGGCUGGCAUCAGCCUUCUGGUGAUGCAGAAGCAAAUAGCAGUGUUAAAAAAGAGCCAGUGACUUGAAAGGCUUGUAGUAACGGGGUAGAGGAAAGGUACAGAUUCUGUGGAGAUUUUUGGCACUGUGUGCCACCUCCCCUUGCGCAGUGUAGACACGUCUCCAGUGAAAAUGUCUCCUGCAAAAAUCUAAGUGAAGAUGCAGCAACUGAGAGUUUAUGGUCAGUGGGUCAGGUUAAAGGCCAUAAGAAGCCUAAGGUUUACUUGGCCUAUUAAAAGUUACAGAAAGCCUCAUCUCUAAUAAGGUUUUGCCAGAUGCUUGCUAAUGCAGAUGAAGAAUGGCUUAAUUUUUCCCAGUGAAGAUAGAUAGAGCCCAAAAUGUUCUUUGCAACCAGCAUCAAUUAGUUCACCAGCAGCAGCGCUACCAUUUCCUGCAGAAAGGUCACAGGCUGUUUGCAACUUUCUGAGUCAAAAAACAAUGCUUAAAACUCCAGCUGAAAACCACAUAGCAGCUGUAUACAGCACUGUAAUUGCCCCCAGAUUGCAGCAACUGACUACAAGAACCAGAACUAGAAACAAAAUCCUGCCCAGGAGAGAAUACAGGUUUUUGUUGCUGAUAGUAAAAUCAGAGCAAAUAUGUAAGUAGAAGAGCAGGACUGUACUUUGUGUGCACAGCAUGACGGCUAGGAUAUGGUGUUUCAGAAAUAAAUGGGGUAACGAGCUGAUGUGUGCAUUACAUGAGAGCCCAUCCUCUCUACACUGAACAUUGUGUAAGAAUUCAGGAAGCAACAUGGAAACCUCUUGAUAGCCCUGCUUCCCCUCUGGUUCACCAUCAGCACAAACAAGAGGUCUGGGUUGCUGGAGAGGUAUGGAGAUGACUGUGAGGUGACAAGCUGGGAGGCCAGGCAGGCAGCCGAGAGGGACCCUGCUUAGCGCAGCCUGGAGAAAAGGGUUUUAACCUUGAUACCUGAGCUUUGAGCUGGAGGGGGGGCAGACAGGUGGUGAGAGCGGACACAGUCCUGGAGGUGCUGGUAGCCCAACACAACAUCCCAUCAGUGUAUAAAGUCAAAUUUAGCAGAUUAGAUUAAUAGGAGCUGAUGGGAAACUUUGACACUUACAGAACAUGUAUCGACGUACAUGCUUUAUUCUACAAAGGCUUUGUAAUACCCAAAUUGUCAUUGAGAUAACUGAGAUCAGACUGAUCAACAACUCAACAUCACUUUGUACUGUAUUUUGAUGUUAAAGGAUUAGUUUUGUAAACACACACCCAUGUGGGAAAGUAACAGUGCAGGUAAGUCACAGGUGGUUCCACAAUGGCUUGUGAGGAAAAAUUGAAGGAGCUUGGCUCAUUCAGCCUGGAGAAUUGAUGGCUUCACGGGGACCUAACAGUGCGUACAGAGAUGUUGUCAGGACAACAGAUCCAAGAUCUUCACAGUGGUGCACGGUGAGAGAAGGAGAGACAACAGGCAUAAGCAAAACAGGUGAGGUUGAGACUGGGUAUGAGGAGAAACUACUUCCCGUCAGGCAGAGACACUUCCCGUCAGGCAGAGACACAGCUUGGCCAGCAGGGUUGUGCAGUCACUCCUUGGAGGUUUUCCAGACCUCACUGGAUAAAGCCUGAGCAACCUGGGCUGGCCCUGCUUUAAGCCAGAGAUUGGACUUGGAGACCUCCUGAGGUCCAUUUCAACCUGAAUUAUCUUGUGGUCCUCAUGGAGAAUGUAACAGGCAGACUGAGGUAUCAAACAAGAGGGGGUUUUGUUUUGUUUUUUCCCAGGUUUGAUCCAAGAUGUUCUACCGUGCCCUAGUUAUGAGUCAGAGCCCCAUACCUUGGUCCAGAAUGCUUAGACCUUGGCAGAGCAGUGGUUCAUAAAAGGGCAGAGAUCAAACUGUAUCUGAGUGCUAACCUCAAAAAACACUGCCUACAGCAGCACAAUGUAACUGGGAUUGUGUGCAGCACCUCACACUGAGCUCCAGCUGCAUUUUCAGACCUGCUAAGUGAUGGAGAACAACCACGGCUGGCUGUGCUCUUGCUGACGCCACCUUCUGUGCCGUACCACUCCAACAGGGCUCUGCUGCCUCACCUUCAACCUGCUGCUCACCUGGACCUUUCCAGCCUGGACUGAUGCAUGGGCUUAUUUCACCACAGGUAUAAGAAUUUGCACUUAUCUUCAGUGAACUGUGUGAGGUUCCUGUCAUCCCAUUCCUCCAGCUUACCAGCAUCCCCAUGAAUUACAGCCCUGACCUCCAGUUUGCCUUCCGCUCAAUUUUGUGCCAUCCAUGAGCUUUGGAAAUAAAGUUGGACCAAGGUCUUCUUUGGCCCACAAUGUGUUUGUGUUGUAUCAGAGGCAGAAAUGGUAUUUAAAACAAAAAGUUCACACUUGUGUGUCGGUCUCCUCCAUAGAUAGGUCAGAACAGAAGAGAGAGCAGAGUUAUGGCAUGAGGCACCAUUGGCACUUGGAUUCUGAGUGGGAAAAAUCACUCAACACCAUCAAAAGUGGAUCCUUUGUGAAACCCACCAGCUCACAGUCACUCAGCUCUAGCCCAAGCUGUGGGCACAUUUCAAGUGCUCAGGAACAGUUCAUCCAGAAGAGUAAAAUCAGGACUUUAUGUCUGCAGAGGCAGCUGAUGCAACAUACCCUGGUCUUCUGCUGUGAAUUGUAGAUAACCUGUGCUUAAUACAAAUAAAAACAUAUAAAGAACAAUCACAAUUAUCAGUUCACCAUGAUUUAUUUCUGUACUUGAAAUAAUUUAAGAGUAUCAGUCUAGCUGGUAGCGACUGAUCCAUAAUUGUUCUGACAUUUGGCUCUUUAUUCACAGUGCCAGACCAGAAGAAAAAAUAAGAGCAUGUAAAGACAUCCUGUCCUCCAUGGGACUGAGGCGCACAGAGAAGAUUGCACGAUUCCUGGAUGGAGUGAGCCUUCCAGGCUCCAGGACUGUGCUAAAAAAUACUGAAGUCCCAGGAAAAAUAAAGGAGGAAAAAAUAUCUUGUCACUGCCAGCAUUACUAAUCAAGUACUAAUGUUUAUGAAAUGAACAUUUUCUAUGGCAGCUGGUGUUUUGCUACACUUAUAUACAUUUCCUUAAUAGUGUUUUCCAUGUUAUCGCUGGCACUGUCACUCUAAAUGUAAUAUAAUUUCAUUGCAAUAAUAAAAUACUACACAUACACA